UCACAGAAAAGUUAAGUGCGUAGGAGUUUUUCUUGCUUUUUGCACAUGUUGGUUGUUGUUUGAAUAUCAGAUCCAGUUCAGUGUGAGGGGUGGGACCCUGUGUCGUAUGAACUGGUGACAGGGCGACCCCCCCCCCUCGAGACCUGAUGCUCGAUAUAUAAGGAGGACCUGAACUGUGAGCUGGACCUGUGUCUGAAGCUCUUGACUCGCAGGAUGAACUUCCUCCGAACUCUGUUUCUCUUGGCCGCCGGCGUCUCUGUGGCCCUGUCUCAGCAUCACGUAUCACUCCUCGAUUUCAAGAACCAGAUAGAGUGCGGGAUGUUCCGCCGGCCGGCUUGGCUCUACGCUGACUACGGCUGCUGGUGUGGACUGGGCGGCUCUGGCCCGACUGUGGACCGACUGGACAGCUGCUGCAAAGUGCACGACUUGUGUUGGCGUCACGCCAUAAAUCACCCCCAAUGCAGGUACUUGUUGGACCUCCCUUACAUCAGGUCCUACGACUACAGCUGUAACCCAUUCAGAGGGACGGUCACCUGUUUCAGCUCCAACAGCGAGUGUCAGCUGUUCAUCUGCGAGUGUGACAAAGUGGCUGCCGAGUGUUUCGCCAAUUCGGUAUAUGACUUCGAGUACUUCAACUAUCCCAAAUUCCGAUGUGGUUAUUAUGUUUGAAUGUUUCAUUAAUUUAAAUGUGUUGUUGAGCCUUUGACUCAUGCUGGUUGAUGCACAUUUUCCAUUUUGAGAGAUAUUUGUAUUAAAGAUCCUGUUACAGUUCAAA